AUGGAUUUGUCAUUCUGCAACGAGUUUGAUGAUAUAAACGCGAUCAAUGAAGAGGACGAGAUCAAUUACGCUCAAACUGCAUCAGUCGAGGACGAUUUUUUGUCAAGUGAUGAUGAAUUUUGUUCGACUGAUGAUGAUAAUACCGCAUUUGGGAAAGUCGACAUCAUGGCUGACCAAAAUCAACGAGAUUUCACAUUUCUUGAAAAUAUUGAUCAAUCUAUUCAAGUUCCUGAUGUUACAGACAUUGAUCAACACUUGGUAAUAGCUGGUAAAUCGUAUUGGAUUCCUUAUGUCCCUCAUGAUCUCAAGCCAAUAAUAAACCAUAAAUACCCAUCUGAUGAUGCAAUUGAAGACAUGUACAGAAGAUAUGCAUGUGCAGCAUGUUUUGAUGUUAGAAAGUCAACAAACAAAAAAAGCGUGGUGUGGUGUACAUGA